CGCGUUACAAAAGAAUGAACAAUGCAUUUCACAAAUUUGAGCAUCGUAAUCAGGUCAAAUUUGGUGCUAGCAGAUUUAUCAGCACACUUCUUGUUCAGCUAGGGUCUUUAAAAUCUUUCAGUGAGAUAUAUUCCGCCAAAUUCGAAGGUCAAUUUCUUUUAAUCCGUAUUGUAGGAGCCAAUCCCACGAGUGUCGAGAACAUGAACUUCUGGUCAAAGCGGGUCGAUACAACAUGAUGAAAACCUUGAAAUUCAAACCCGAUCUCACACAACGAGCAGCCCAGAUCAUCGACCACGUAGUGGCCCAAAUGGGUCGUCCCAAGAAAGAGAUCACAUUCAUCGGGGUCCACAACCGUCGCACCGAUCAUCUCGAAUACUUUGAGAGGUAUUUCAAGAAGAAGCCUCUCAAACCCAGUUACUUCCAUGAUGCCAUGGACAUAUUUCGAGAUGAAUAUGAUCAUCCAGCCUUCAUUUUUGUUUCUGACGACAUGGAGUGGGCUCGAGCCAAGAUCAAGAACAAACUCGGAGAUGUCUUUUUCGUUGGGACUGGCAACCCUGAUUCUGAGGUGGACAUUGGCACCGAUUUGGCACUCUUAGCUUCAUGCAAUGCCACAAUCCUCUCUCGUGGAACGUUUUCUAUUUGGGCAGCGAUAUUGAGUGGAGGGGAAUACUAUACGGAAUUUGGAACCAUCGUUCCCGAGCAUAAGAUCCAUCCGGACUUGGAUUUUUAUCAUCAGGAUUUCAAGUUCAAAUAAGGGUCCCACAUUUUGUUGGUGAGAAUGGGCCAAUGGCAGAGAAGGCAAGACUUGCGUGAUUUUCCUCUCCUCGUGGUCCAAUUAAUGGACCAAGUACCUCUCGUGAAGGAGGUUAAGCAAACCCGGAAGUUUGGUAUUAUUGCUCCCAGUUCCAUGCCGUUCCAAACGAGUCAACUUUCGUCAGAUUAGCCAUAAUAAAACAUUGCCAAUUAGAUUUCUUUGUGAAUCGAUGUGCCAUUUCUCAAAAAUGACCAUUUGAUGCUGACCACUGAAAUAAAUUGAAUGAA